AAUCGAGUCAAUGCUAUUUUACUGCUAUUUAAGAGUUUGUGAUACAUCUCGACUGUCUUUAGGAUUGUUUUGGAAAAACAAAAAAGGGGCUCUAACAUGGAAAGUUACCAAGACAGAACGCAGAUCUGUUGAUUCCAUUCACUGACUCACAGAAAACUUACUGGAUUUUCAAUUGUUUAAUCUUUUAAAACUCUUCGUUCGUCUAUAGCUCCAGGGCACAAUCAGUGAUUUAUUAUCUAUAUGUCUAUAAAAACGAAUUUUCAGCUUGGUUGCAGGUUUAGUUUGGAUCUAGGCAUUAGAGUGGACUAUUCGAUCACGACAAUGAUUUCGUUGCUCGCCUUUUUUAUAUUAUUGUGCUCAACCACAGUAAGGAGUGAUAGUUCAGAGGGAGCAUUUAGAUUAAACGGUCCACUUUGGGAUGUGAAUGAUCUUUAUUCGCGCCUAUCUAAUGUAUUUGGUACCACAAUCACCACACAACCACCACAGGUGGCACCGGAAAAACCGAUCACACCCUCUCCUUGGGACGCCUAUUACGGCGCGAUCAUGCAGGAACUUUAUAAUAAAAAACAUGGAAUAUUUCCUGGAAGCGAGCUGAUAGCGGUAGAGCCUUUGCCUGUGCCUGUACCGGUUCCAGUCUCUCAACCAAGGCCACCUCGACCACAGCGACCACUGCGCCCACUGCGGCCUCUCAGACCACCGAUCCCAAAUCGACCUAGACCCAGGCCAACACGAAAACCUACAAGGAGAAGCACCACAACCAAAACUCCAGAUACGACCACCAGGCAAACAACAACAACACAAAAAACAUCCACGUCCACAACAACGGAAUCACCAGAAACUACCUCGAGUACAAUCUCACCUACAACAAAUUCAACCACUGAACAAUCAUCGACAACAGGAGGCUCAUCGACAACUGGAGGCUCAUCGACCACUGGAUCUUCCACAACAGGAGGCUCUUCAACAACCGGCUCAUCUACAACUGGAUCCAUAAUUGUAUCCUCCCGAAUCAGAGGAAAAAAAGGAAGCUUACGAGCUACAACCGCCACUCCAAUACAUUUCCAUCAUAGUCAGAUCCAGAGUAGCCCUAUAUCAACUCCGACGGUGCUCAGUCUAGAGGGAAUGCUAUUGUCUUCUGGCUUUAUGCGUCCUGAUCUUCAACUUAGAGUGCAAUCGGCGCCGCAGUCUGUGACGACGUUGUGCCAUAGCUAUCCUCGCUUAUGUGCUCACCCAGAGGAAGCCCAAUAUGUACGCUUAGAAGACGGAUUCGGCAAGCCCAUGCUUCUAAUAUCGCCUGGAGGCGUGUCAUAUCCUCCACUAUUUACAAAAGAAGCAGAACGACCCUAUAGGUCGAAGUCAGGACCCUGGAAAUCGGUUCCACAACGACAAAAGAAACCCUCUAGAAGUAAAUAUAUUUACAAGUUAAUUAAGAAAAGGAAUAAUCAAAGACUUUAAGUGUUCUGUAACAA